CGCGCGAUUAGAUGGCUUAGAAACGAAAUGGAGCGCAGGGACAGUGGUCCUCUUUAUAUGCAUAUAUAAGGGGGGCUUUUUCUACCUUCGCUAAAACGACAGUAGAAUUCCGUCGCAAUGACUUUAACCGUCACAUUGCUAUUCGUGCUUUUGUUAUUCUCUUUGGCCCGGAAUGUCCAUGGAUGGCACAUCGCGUUUCCAAACGAGAGCGAGAUCUUUAAUAAUGAUCUCCGCGAAACAACGUCUCAGCCAGCUUUUAUAUUUCCAGGAACAAAAUGGUGCGGCAGUGGCAAUAUCGCGAACAGCCCGGACGAUCUUGGAGUAUUCGCAAUGACUGAUGCAUGCUGCCGUGAACACGACAAUUGCAAAGAUAUAAUCGAAUCGAUGCAGACUAAAUACGGUCUGACCAAUACUGCUUUCUACACAAGGCUACACUGCUCGUGCGACGAGAGGUUCUACGACUGUCUCCAUAGCUCGGAGGAACUCGUUAGCGCGAAGGUCGGCUUCCUCUACUUCAACGUGUUAGACACGAAGUGCUUCCGCGAAGACUACCCCAUCGUUGGCUGCAAACGGCAUUCACUCAUUCCUAGACGCUGUUUGGAGUACGAGCUGGACGAGAGCCAACCGAAGAUGUAUCAGUGGUUCGACGUACCAACGUAUUUCCAAAACGACCACCGGGCGAUGACGAUGACCGGCCGUCAUACUCGAUCACUCGCGGUCCGAUAGAGAAGUCUACUUUUGCGCGGGAUCAUGGGAGGAAAUGUCGCACACCUGUACGAAGUCGUGCAAAUUAUUCCCGCUCGACCGUAUCUUGUCAACGUAGUUGAAUAAACGCCAAUAAAAUGACUUUAACGACCGACUCUCUUUCCCGCUAUCUCUUUUCUUUUUUUUUUCGUCCCGCUUUAAUACGUGUCGCUUUCGCCGGAUACACGUAGUACAC